AUGAAUAGUAAUUCAAAUUGUGCCGAUGAAUACGAUACUUAUUCCGACUCGACAUGGUGUCAGCAAAAUUGGUAUCGUCUAUUAUUUAUAGUUAUUCUUGCCAGUUUAACUUUAGCAACGACGUUUAAACUUGUGAUGACACUUUAUAAAGAUCAUCUGAAGGAAAAGGCAUUAGCAGAAAAAAGAAAAGGUUGGGUUGAGAAAUGGAAUAUUGUUGCACCCUACGUGAAAAAAUUUCCAAUGGGCUUUCUCCUUGGCUUUAUACGAAAUCUCAUUGUUUUAGCCAUUGAAAGGCAAGCGGAUGUUUAA